UAGUGUCGGUGGGCGUGUCGUGUCUUGCACUGUCCCGGUCCGGGUGCAUGCAGGAACAUUCUACUCGUCCAACAUGGCAACCAGGUGGGGAAUCUGCAGCGCGGGGAAGAUCAGUCAUGACUUCACUGUGGCUCUGAAGACCCUUCCUCAUGAAGACCACCAGGUUGUGGCUGUGGCAGCUCGUAAAUUAGAGGAUGCACAGCAGUUUGCCACAAAGCACAGCAUCUCCCGAGUUUACGGCAGCUAUGAGGAGCUGGCCAGAGAUCCAGACAUAGAUGUUGUGUACAUUGGAGUUAUCCACCCCUACCAUCUGAGCACUUGCCUCCUCUUCACAAAUGCCAAGAAGAACGUGCUGUGUGAGAAGCCGCUGGCCAUGAACACCAAGGAGGUGAAGGAGAUCCUGUCCUCUGCCAAGAGGAAUGAUGUCUUUCUCAUGGAGGCUGUAUGGACCAGAUUCUUCCCAGCCUCAGUGGAGAUCAGGCGGCUGGUGGACCAGGGGGAGGUGGGAGAGGUGAAGAUGGUGAGGUCGGAGUUUGGCGUGCCGUUAUCGCACGUGCCGAGGUCGGGUCAGAAGGAGCUGGGCGGAGGAGCAAUUCUAGACAUCGGCAUCUACUGCCUGCAGUUCAUAUGCAUGGUGUUCAACGGAGAGAAGCCGGAGAGCAUCCAGGCCAUGGGGGUCUGUCUGGAGACAGGAGUGGAUGAGACUGUGGUUGUCACUCUGAAGUUCUCCAGAAACAGGAUGGCCGUGUUCUCCUGCUCCUCAGGUGUCAAGCUGCCCAAUGACGCCAUUAUUGCGGGCACAAAGGGAAACAUCAGGAUCCCUGACCACAUGUGGUGCCCCACGUCAUUAGAGGUGAAUGGGAAGGAGACCCAGUACCCAGUGCCAGAGCCUUAUCUGCCCCUCAACUUCCUCAACAGUACAGGGAUGCGUUACGAGGCAGAGGAGGUCCGGCAGUGUUUGCUCAAAGGGCUGAAGGAGAGUGCAGUAGUCUCCCAUGCUGACUCUCUGCUGCUGGCUGAGUUGGAGGAUGAGAUUCGCAGGCAGGUGGGGGUCGUGUACAGCCAGGACAGCAAGUAAAUGCUCAAAACGUGAAUCUGGAUAUAUUGACCUUGUUGAAUAAAUGGUUAUUUAUG